AUGAAUAGUUCAGGAGCAGCCCUAAAGAGUUUAAGACAAACAAGCGACAAAAAAUACUCACUAUCAUCAUCAUCAUCAUCAUCAUCAUCAUCAUCAUCAUCAUCAUCAUCAUCAUCAUCAUCAUCAUCAUCAUCAUCAUCAUCAUCAUCAUCAUCAUCAUCAUCAUCAUCAUCAUCAUCAUCAUCAUCAUCAUCAUCAUCAUCAUCAUCAUCAUCAUCAUCAUCAUCAUCAUCAUCAUCAUCAUCAUCAUCAUCAUCAUCAUCAUCAUCAUCAUCAUCAUCAUCAUCAUCAUCAUCAUCAUCAUCAUCAUCAUCAUCAUCAUCAUCAUCAUCAUCAUCAUCAUCAUCAUCAUCAUCAUCAUCAUCAUCAUCAUCAUCAUCAUCAUCAUCAUCAUCAUCAUCAUCAUCAUCAUCAUCAUCAUCAUCAUCAUCAUCAUCAUCAUCAUCAUCAUCAUCAUCAUCAUCAUCAUCAUCAUCAUCAUCAUCAUCAUCAUCAUCAUCAUCAUCAUCAUCAUCAUCAUCAUCAUCAUCAUCAUCAUCAUCAUCAUCAUCAUCAUCAUCAUCAUCAUCAUCAUCAUCAUCAUCAUCAUCAUCAUCAUCAUCAUCAUCAUCAUCAUCAUCAUCAUCAUCAUCAUCAUCAUCAUCAUCAUCAUCAUCAUCAUCAUCAUCAUCAUCAUCAUCAUCAUCAUCAUCAUCAUCAUCAUCAUCAUCAUCAUCAUCAUCAUCAUCAUCAUCAUCAUCAUCAUCAUCAUCAUCAUCAUCAUCAUCAUCAUCAUCAUCAUCAUCAUCAUCAUCAUCAUCAUCAUCAUCAUCAUCAUCAUCAUCAUCAUCAUCAUCAUCAUCAUCAUCAUCAUCAUCAUCAUCAUCAUCAUCAUCAUCAUCAUCAUCAUCAUCAUCAUCAUCAUCAUCAUCAUCAUCAUCAUCAUCAUCAUCAUCAUCAUCAUCAUCAUCAUCAUCAUCAUCAUCAUCAUCAUCAUCAUCAUCAUCAUCAUCAUCAUCAUCAUCAUCAUCAUCAUCAUCAUCAUCAUCAUCAUCAUCAUCAUCAUCAUCAUCAUCAUCAUCAUCAUCAUCAUCAUCAUCAUCAUCAUCAUCAUCAUCAUCAUCAUCAUCAUCAUCAUCAUCAUCAUCAUCAUCAUCAUCAUCAUCAUCAUCAUCAUCAUCAUCAUCAUCAUCAUCAUCAUCAUCAUCAUCAUCAUCAUCAUCAUCAUCAUCAUCAUCAUCAUCAUCAUCAUCAUCAUCAUCAUCAUCAUCAUCAUCAUCAUCAUCAUCAUCAUCAUCUUCAUCAUCAAAUUGUGAUCACGCAUCCUAUUUUUAA